UUAUCUCUCCUUGUCCUCAAAGCACAAGCGUCAGCUGCGUCAAAAACUCACCAAGUCUUGGCGUAGUGUUAUAUGGAGACUGAUUACAUCAACAUGCGAGGACUUCAGCUGUGUUUGCUGCUGGCACUGGUGGCUUCUCUGCAAGCUGCCCAGCAGUUUCGAGUAGUCUGCUACAUGUCCCAGUGGGCGCGUUACCGGAAGGACCCGGUGACCUUUCACCCGGAAGACAUCGACACAAGCCUGUGCACUCACUUCAUCUAUGCCUUUGCUGUUCUGGACAGCUCGGGUGUCCACAUUGUGCCAUCUGAGCCUUCUGACCUAGAAAUGUACCAGCGUUGGACUGCACUGAAGCGCGAAGCGCCAAGUGCCAAAUUCAUGCUCAGUGUGGGUGGUUACGCUGUCGGCGACGAGGAGUUCAGCACGUUGGUGUCAAAUCCAAACAAUGUCGACUCUUUUGCUGCGAGCACCAUUACUCUGUUGCGAAAAUACAACUUUGAUGGCCUUGACAUCGACUGGGAGUUUCCUGGCGAUCGUGGCAAUCCACCCGAGGACAAGCAUCGCUUUACGCUUCUUCUUCAGAGGCUGCAGACAAAGUUUGCAGAGGAAAGCAGGACCACGGGUAAGGCUCAGCUCAUUUUGUCAGCAGCCAUCUCGCCGUCGAUUAACCAGAGCACGACGUCCUAUGAGCUGCCGGAUAUUGCCAACUAUGUGGACUUCCUCAACAUCAUGACCUAUGACAUGCACGGCCACUGGGAGAGUCAGAUUGGGCACCACGCCUCUUUAUACCCUCCUGCAGAGGAUAAGACUGAUAGUGUGGACUACCUCAUCAACUACCUGCUAGACUCCAGCGUACCCAGAGGAAAGAUGAACAUGGGUUUGCCUUUCUAUGGACGGUCCUUCAACGUGACUGACCCCACGGGCACGAGAGUUGGCUCACCUGCGAGCGGCGCAGGGGCUGCUGGGACCUACACUGGCGAGGAGGGAGUACUGGCGUAUCACGAGAUCUGCAAGUUACUAACGGAAAACCCUGAGACCGUUGUCGCAAGCCGUCUCCCUGGCAACGCUGGUGCCCCGUUUAUUGUAGAUGGAAACCGUUGGACUGGAUAUGACGACCCGACCAGUAUUCGAGAAAAGGUUGACUACAUGAUGAAGAAUGGACUGGGCGGCCUGAUGAUCUGGACCCUGGACAUGGAUGACUUUCACGGUAUCUGCGGUCAGGGACACUAUCCCUUGCUGCGCGCCAUCCACGAGCAGAUCAUCGGGUUUCAUCUGUUGGUACACACGGAACUUGAAGCAACAACCAUUUGGAUUCCUAGUCUUUCUUCUUUGCUUCACGUGUCUACUACCCUCCUUCGUUCGGAAACCUUCCAUACGGUGCAGAUAAAUAUGAAGGUUGCCAUCUGUUGCGGGUUGCUGGCAGGGUUGCUGCAUUUGCUGGCAGUAACACAAACAGAAGCGUUUGUCAUCACGUGUUUCGUCACCCUCUGGACUCGGUAUCGCAAACAACCGGCAACCUUCCUGCCGGAAGAUGUGGACACCAAUCGCUGCACCCACCUCAUCGUUGCCUUUGCCAGUCUGGACAGCACUGGACUUAACAUCAUCCCACAAGAGACCAGCGACCUCGACAUUUACACUCGUCUAGCAGCCCUGAAGACACAAAAACCAGAUCUGAAGGUCCUGCUGUCCAUUGGAGGCUGGAGCAUGGGGUCAGAGGAAUUCACUGCUCUGGUGUCCAGUAGCCUCAACAUGCAAAGAUUCUUAGCGGGAGCUCUUCCGUUUCUACGGAGACAUGGUUUUGAUGGACUAGACAUCAACUGGGAGUAUCCUGCCGACAGGGGGAGUCCCCCGGGGGAUAAGCAGCGUUUCACAAGCCUUAUUCAGGCGGUGAGCCUGGCCUUCCAAGAGGAGAUCAGAGGUGAACUGAGGUCAAGGCUGCUUCUGUCGGUGACAGUGGCACCUGCCCGAUGGCGCGUCCAGCAGUCGUAUGAACUCGAGGAGAUCGCGACGGCAGUAGACUUCAUCAACCUGAUGGUCUAUGACCUGCAUGGCUCGUGGGAACUUAAGGUGGACCAUCACAGCGCUUUAUACCCGUCCACCUCCAUUGCACCCGAAGGAAGUGUCAAUUCUAUCAUGGACUACAUCACUACCAUCACACGGAACAGGGGGAAGUUGGUCCUGGGACUCCCUUUCUACGGACGAUCCUUCCUUCUGUCCGACCCUCGCAACACCAGCAUCGGGGCAGCGGCCACUGGUCCGGGGCCAAUGGGUCAGUUCUCCCAAGAGGCCGGGGUCCUGACAUACUUCGAGAUCUGCAAGCUGAUAACCGACUACCCCACCUCCGUCACAAUCAGUCGGGUGCCAGGAACAUCAUUAGAACCAUUCAUCGUCGACAGCACGCGCUGGACCGGAUAUGACGACACAACGAGCGUGCGGGAGAAAGUGCGAUAUGCGCUCCACCUAGAACUUGGCGGCGUCUUUGUCUGGGCCAUCGACAUGGACGACUUCCACGGGCUCUGCGGUCAAGGUCGCUACCCGAUGCUGACCGCCAUUGAGGAGGAAGUGAGAGCGAGUGCAGUUGGGUAGUGUCCGUACCCGGUUAACAAUGGAAAUAUUUAGGAUCGUUGCAAGGAUGCAAAAGUGUCAUUAAAAAUUUGUCUCUGUACCAACA